AUGAUCCUCUCCUGGAACGUGCAAUGUCGCCUCGUGUUUCUGCCCAUAUUAAUUCUCUUCUCAAAGCCUCCUGAAUUCAAGGGAGGUCUGUGGACCUCGUGGAUCCCGCUCACAACAACGUAUUCGGGUCAUGCGUCACAAUGCACAUCCAAAUUCUGGCAAUGGGACACUGGGAGUGAUGUGCUAGCCUGGGAUGCUGGGUUCGGCGUCAAGGUGAGCGCCGGCCUGCGUUGCGUGCCCCAGGCGGCAACGACCUGGUGGGAUCAGACAUGGUUGGGGCCCACGACCGAGACUGUCGUCAGCAUCGGCCCAUUCAUCUGUCCUGAAGCCUUCACCCAGGUGGCCACGUCCGUCGUAGACGAGUAUAGCACGCAGGUGGCUUGUUGUCCUUCAGGCUAUUUGUUCGUCGAUUGGAUGCCGGCUGGAGUUGCGAGGCAGUGUUAUAGCGAUGUCUCUGCAGACGUCGCCCUCCUUGUCCACACGAGGGUCCAGUGUGACACAUGGACUCAGGCAACGAUGCAGAUCAACACAUCACCAACCAUCUGGGGGGCUCACAUAAACGGCUGGGUCUUUGCUGCUGAGCAAACGGUUGCGCCGCCUCAGUCACCUGAGAUAACAUCUCAAUCACUAGGGACGGUAUCUCCACCAUCGGAGACAGCAUUUCAAUCAUCGCAGACCAUAUCUCAGUCAUCGGGGACGGUUUCGCCUCCCUGUUUCUCUUGCAACAGCAGUAAUAACGGCAAUAACAGCAGUAACAGAAGCAUCGGGAUAGGUGUUGGGGCCUCAUUGGCCGCUGUUGGCCUUGCAACACUGAUUGCAGGGCUGGUCAUGAUGCGCAGGUCGAGAAAGAUAUUACGUGCCGCACGACACGGAGAAGAAGUGCCCAAGGACACAGACACGGACUCUCGAAUCAGUCACGAGCGGCCUGUUUCACCAGCUGAUAAACCAGCCGGCGAGCUCUAUGGUUCCGAUCCUACCUUUUUCCACGCCGAGGCGCCCGCUCCACAAUAG